GUUCGCACUGCUGCGCCCGAAUUCCAUGAAGCUAGAGAAGACGUCGAGCGAUCCGGGUCUCGGUAACUCACGAGAGACGAACGUGGUAAAACCGGCGGUAGGAUGCUCGUGAAUCAGCACGCAGUCGACCCGCGGAUGCCGUGCCCUGGUUCUCAUUUCGAGGGCAAUGAGUACAUCAAGCGAGUCCGGGACCUGAUAGAAGACAAGCCUUUCGAAAUAAAACCCGGCGAUCGGAGGGCGUUCGGAGUUUUAGUUCAUCACUUCGCUCACAACAAAAACCGAGAACUGAUCCUUCCCUGCAUAGACCUGAUGAUAUGCCGGGGAUUCAUCUGUUCAGCGUACAAUCCCGGCGACUAUUCCGGUGUCGUGUGCCGAAGACAUGAGAAAUGUUGUUCGCGAACUAAACUCUUCAUAGAGCUCCUUCAUUUCUUCCGUCUGUUCCAUCGGAGGUCGGCCGCACUGUCAGUGCGGAAGAGAGACUUGAUGCUCCUGGACGCCGUGCUGAUCCUAAGUCGUGACACUACUGAGGAAGACUUCCUCGAGUUCGAAGAGACGAGCGCCGAGGAAAUAGCUUUGAUCUUCGAAUGUCAACAGAUCCAGAUAAUCGAUGAAGCACUGUCCAUAAAAAAAGGCUUCAAGAUUGAGAAACUCGAGGACUUGGAAUACUUUCGAAAGGCGCAAGCUAUCCGUGACCGGCACGGGGUUGAGCGUGAUCCCCGUCCGGCGAAAUGCUUCGAGUCCAUGGAGGAUAUAGACGCUCUGGUGGAGCAGCUGGAGCAGAGGAACCCGGUGGAAUUCCUCAGCCAGUCCUACGCUCUGGGUCUGAUCAACAGCCGGCUGCUUCGAACAAUGUAUCACACCGCGAAUGAUUUCGAGCAGCUGGUCAGCCUUCUGGAUCGAACGGCGGACUCCCGGGACCAUUACGAUGACGUGAAUCUGAACCGAGAACACUCCCGGAUGUUCAUCGCUGCAUUCAGCCACAUCCGGAGACUGCAACCAACUUGGUUCCAAGCGGUUUUGCUCUUCCUGAUCGGCGUCAAUGUUCCUGACGGUUGGCACCUGCCCUGCACAGAUUUGGAAACCAUACCUCAACGCUAUCUUGAUAUCUAUCUCCAUUAUCUGCUCAUCUACUCGCUUAAAUGUCUCACGAAGCCCGAUCUCCGGAUCGACGACUUGGAGCUGAUGAACAAUCUGUUGAAACUGCCCGGCAUCAUCGACAGACUCCUGGCUCGCGGCGCGUCGCUGGUUUACGCUGCGGACUCACACGCUGCCGUCAGGAAACUGCUCUAUAGAUAUUGUCCGAGCAUACUGCUCCGCAGCGCGUACGUCGACGCGCCUUUCACGGCGCUCUCCAGCCUCGGAGCUCUUAUCAGACUGACGCAGAUCCGCAGAGAACUCACUUUCGGAGAUUGGCUUCCAGACCUUUGUUGCCAUGUUCGGAGACUGAACACGAUCUUCUUCCACGAUAACACUCGCCUCUCCCCACUGCGAUGUCUCGCGGCCCGUGCCUACGUUCUGGACAGGGAUUGUAAGGAGCUCCCCGUCGGCUUACGUGGGACGAUACUUCUACAUCAAGACCUCAAGCACAUAAUCAGCCCAAAACCCGAGAUCAAAGAUCCGAAAAACCCUUGA